GAGGCACAGAUCGGUCCGAAGCGAGCAGCAAGCUGAAAACGUAAGCAGCGUAGAAAACCCCUAACCUAGCGAAGCGAAGAAACUUACUAAGCGAAGAAAACAAGCAACGGCCUUACUCAACCAAGCAACGGAUGAGCCCAAUGGAGAGUAAGCUGAUCGUAGAGCACCGUUGCGCGGGAGCGCAUCCAAGAAUCAAGUCCUUCCGCUAGCGCGAAGAACCAAGCAACGGCUAGCUGAUCUACGAGCACUCUCUCCCGGUGGUCGAGCUGAUCUACGAGCACUCUCUCCCGGUGGUCGAGCUGCCUCCGUGUGCCCUUUAUUAGUAAGGGGCAAGCACUUGGGCGGAGUAAAGCGGAUCGUAGAGCACCGUUGCGCUAACGCGCGCGCUGUAGUUUUUCAGCUAGCCUCCGGGCUUGAAAGCCUACGUUUGCUGGCUUAACAGCAGCGAGCUCCGCUUUCAGAAGCGAGCCAGAGUAGCGCGCUAGCCUAUCACAUCUUGAAGCUCCGCGCUCUAGAGCGUUUUUAAAGGCGGCUAUGCUACUAGCGCGCUAGCCUUUUUCCGCAGGCUGCUAGUUGUAGCGCGCGUACUCUUCUUCUGUUCUACGAAUCUACAGAUCUCAAAAUCGAAGAACGAGCUAGGGUGACGAAAAGAUAGAAGCGUUAUGACUCGAUGACUAAGCGUGAUGAUUAGAGACUCCAUGGAUUAUAAAAAAUUGUUGCCAUACUUUUUAGGAAUUAAAAAAAGGGUUGGGCUAGCACUUAGACAGUGCGAGCUCGGCCAAGAGCUGUUGAAUACUGUAUUAUUCAAUCAUUUGAGAACCGAAUGAGCAGUAGAUGAGUUUAUAACAGAACAAAGAAGCCUAACCUUCUGUUCAGCCAAGAGAGGAAUCAAUAAUAGGUGGUUUCAUUAGAAGCCAGGGCGCGGAGCCCGCUACGCUCAGUCAAGGAACGAGGAAAAGCAAAAUGGAAUGAAUGGUUGAAGUGACUGAUGAGUGAGAGCGCUACGAAGAGCAAGUGCUUUCUCAACACUGAUAAUACGAUGCCCCAGGAAAAAACGACGGCCGAGCGCGUAGAGCAACAAGUUAUUGCGGGCAGGAGUUUCAAAUCCAUGAACUUCGUACAGAGCAUCUCGGAGGAAGAUGAGCAAUUGGAGCGGAAAAACAAAGAUUUUGUCCAUUUACCACCGAAAAACAAUAAUACCUUUGUGACCGUGACGGAUGCUAGGGGGAAUAAAAAAACUGGGGCUUCCGCAGGUUGUUUGGAGGAAAUCAAAGGGGGGUCUCGUCUUUCUCGGUAUGCUGCUGAAGCAACUGCAGAACAUGUCGGGCGAUCCGCCAGAAAUCUGGGGAUGAAGUCGGUUGUAAUGAAAGUGAAAGGAUCUACUUUUUUCAGGAAAAAGAAAGCAGUGAUCUUGAGCUGGAGAGAGGGUUAUACCUUUGCUGAGUGUAAGCGAAGUGAAGGAGUAGGAGAUCAAUCUAAAAUUAUGUACAUCCACGAUGUGACCCAACUUCCACAUAAUGGAUGCCGACUCCCCAGGAAACGUCGUGUUCAAAUAGUUCCAAGAAGUUCUCCAUUUUCACUUGACAACAAUUCCGGAAAAAAUCUGACUCGGAGGGAGUACGCGCGCUAGCGGCGGGGUUCGAUAAAGUGUUGGCGCGCUAGCGCGCUAGCCUUUUGAAGCAGCUAGCAGAUUCUGAAGAAAUGAGCUUCAGGCUGUGUAGUCUGAUGCAGCUGGAUGAAGCCCUUACGUAAUAGGGCGGAUGGGAGGCUGGAAAGAAACCAGAGGUAUGACGGGGAUAAUCUUUUCGGUUAUAGACUAGGUCCUGUUAUGCCAAACAAACUGGCCUGUGGUGACUGCUCGAUGGAGCCGUUGCCCCAGCCUGCGCAAGAAACUUUGAGUUCUGUAGGCCAGUCGUCAGGUCAGUAGUUGGGGGUUGUGUCAGUGAGGGGCUGCAAGCAAGUAGAGUCCGAUAGUUAAGGGAAGAGUGAAGAGGCAAGUAGCGCGUUAGGAGUCUAUAGAAACGAAAAAAGCCCAGCUCUACCAUAGAUUAGGCUCGUAGUCAGACGAGCUGAGCUGCAAGAAGUCUACUCGUCGUUGAGUCUUUCCGUCUGCGAGAAUAGCCACCCACUUCGAUUAUCCAGACGAGGAUUCGGUGCCGUCCUAAAACGCUUUGUUUUCAUCUUGACAGAUCCAUCGGUCGUCGUUCGAAUCGGGAGAGGAUGUGGUGGUAACCCCCGCAGCUUCGUCUAGAGCCGGGCGUCCAGCCGUGUAGGAAGACUCACCCUAGCCACUAUAGCGACCCCACCCCCAACUGACGCUGAGAAGCACCCUCCAUCCACUUCCCCUUUUCCGUGUGCCCAAAAGCCCGCCCGCCCGGUUUAUGAGCCCCUUUCCGAUUCCCUCACCCAAUCUCAUGAGAAGCAAGCCCAGCAGGCCUUGCCAACACCUGUCCCCAGACAGCCAGCCCUCACCAGGCUGGCAUUGCUAAAUGCUCCGCCACGAAGCAAGCUCUCCCGAAUACGACAGAUGCGGAAGUGGCUAAAGAAGUCGGAGGAAGCGAAGAAGCGAAGAAAAGCCUUACCCCUAUAUAAAAGCGCGCGCCAGAACAAGGCGAGCCAAAGGCUCGCUUUCGCCCAACGGGUGGUCGUAGAUCACCAGAACAACAAAGACAAGGCUUCUGUGCCCAAUGGAGAGUAAGCUGAUCGUAGAGCACCGUUGCGCGUUAGUGAUCUACGACCAACCUUUUCUUGCUGCUGAUCUACGACCACUCUCUCCCGGUGGUCGAGCUGAUUUACCGCUGGCGCCCCUGUUGAGUUUUGGUUUUCUUGCUGGGCGCGCUAGCCGUUGCUUGUUUGAUUCUUGCCUCCGUUUGCUGGUUCGGACAGCUAUUCCUAGUAAAGGAAGAAAGAGCUCUUCUCUAGCUGGAUUGGCAAAGCAAGGAUAGCUACUAGUAAGACAGCUCCUAAGUUUAUAAGACUAAAGCUACUAGUCGGAGCACAAAUGUAGAAGGUCUUAGUACGGCUAUUAGUACAGUUGAUUAAGGAGGUCACUGAUGUAAGGAAGCUAUAGUGGCUAGUCUAUACGGCUAGGCUAGUAGGAAAGGGAAGCAGAAAGAGAGAAGUAAAGAAGGUCUGUCUAACCGGAUAGUCGAACAAGACAGUAAGUAAGGCAGAACUAGUAAGACAGAAAAGAAGAGGAAUAAAUAAGGUCACUAUUCAUAGAGUCAAGUAAGAAAGGAAAAGAAAGGUCUUUAGUUACAGUAGUCUGCCAGCCAGUAGUACCUGUAGUCAGAAAGCCGAAAGCCGCCCUUUUAGUAACUUGGGAAGGGUAUUGCCAACUAUUAGCCAAGUAAGAGAGGAAAGAACAGAUCUUUCUUACCGGCUGGCUAACCAGACAACUAGUCAAUAGAAGAGGUAUUCUCCCCUUUGCUAGCUUUACGAAAUCUUUUCCUCUUUAACAUGGAGCAGUACUACUAUGAAUAGAGGUAGAUAACUACGAAUAAAUAUAAAUUUAUAAAAAUUUUAUAGUUUAUAGUAGGGUUUUCAAAAAUUGCGUAUAUAUAGUGCUCCGCUAGUCUGGGUUUCACAUAAGCAUUCCUGAGCUGUACGGACCUUAAGAAUAAAGGCUUCAAACCUAGGGAAGGACUGUUUUCACAUGCCACAGUUAGGAGUUUGAAGUACGAUACUGACUGUUCACUUUCUCAAAAUUGACUCCGUAUAGUCUGUACCGGAGUGGUUAAUCGUCAAAAGAACAACAAUUGGUUGUUGCAUUUCAAUUCAUGUGAUGUAAAAGAGGGCUUUCUCGUCUCGCAGGCAGGGGUGAGCUUUCUCACUAUACAAUGACCACUACGAACGAAGGACCAACGACGAUGAAGGAGGAGAAGGAGGAGGAGGAGCUAAUUCGGA